CCUCACAAACGUCAAUAUGGUUGAGUGGACAGACUUCGAGCGCGAAACAAUCCAGAGGAUCUUUGGGAAGAUGGACUACGAUGACGUGGGCCCCGCGGCUCUUUCCAGGUGUCUGGUCGUGUACCCCUGGACCCAGAGGUAUUUCGGUAACUUUGGAAACCUGUACAAUGCCGCUGCCAUCCAGGGAAACCCAAUGGUCGCCGCUCACGGAAAGACCGUCCUGCACGGACUGGACCGGGCUGUCAAGAACAUGGAUAACAUCAAGGCCACCUACGCAGAACUGAGCGUGCUGCACUCCGAGAAACUGCACGUGGAUCCCGACAAUUUCAGGCUGCUGGCUGACUGCCUGACUAUUGUCGUUGCUGCGAGAAUGGGUGCUGACUUCACCGCUGAUGUCCAGGGCGCUUUCCAGAAGUUCCUGGCCGUCGUGGUGAGCUCCCUGGGCAGACAGUACCACUAGAGCGUGCGUUGCUUGCGUCAACAGAAACAGAGCAACUUCCGGCGCCCUUCAUUGAAUGUAUCAAAACAGCUGUAUCGGUUCUGA